AUGAUCAGCAACUUACCUGAUUGCAUUCUUCAUUAUAUUCUUUCUUCACUACCUACAAAAGAUGCUGUAAGAACUUCUGUACUGGCAAAAAGGUGGAAGUACAUCUGGACAUACUUAUCUGUCUUUGAUUUUGAAAAUGAUCUUCCAAUCACCAACAGGAAAGAAAGCCAGAUUCAAAAGUCAGCAAAUUGCCUUCUAUAUCUAGUGGACAGACUACUUCAUAGAUCUGAUUGUAUAAAAAGGCUCCGUAUUGCAAUAUAUGGAAUUACUGUUGAUGCAGACCAAGUUAAUUCCUUAAUAUAUGCUGCAGUGAGGCAGAAAGUUGAAAAUUUCAAACUUUCCCUAGAUCUAAAGGAUUCCUUUGUGUUACCCCAUAGUUUCUCAAUUUCUGAAUCAUUGAACAAGUUGUGUUUAGAAAUGGUCUGUGUUCUAAAUAUUCCCAGUGGCAUUUGUUUCCCUAGCCUAAAGACUUUAAAACUUUCAUAUGUUACCUUUUCAAAUGAGAAGUCAGCUCAACAUCUUUUCUCUGGGUGCCUUGUUCUACAGAAGUUGACCAUAUAUGGUUGUGAUUGGAAGAACAUCAAGAAUAUAAGAAUUACAAUUUCCACACUAAGGAUAUUAAAAAUCUAUUAUGACCCUUUUACUCCAGAUAAUUUGCUUAACUGUACAUUCGAGAUUGAUGCUGUGAAUCUUAUAUCUUUCUGUUGCACAAGCUAUCUGGCUGUAGAAUUUGUACUUGUCAAUAUGACCUCCAUAUCUGAUGCUGAUAUUGAUGUUAUGACUCACUAUCCAUCAAUGCGGCAACAUGCUGCUCGCCGUGCAAUUAAACUAUUGGGUGGACUUGGUAAUGUAAAGCAUCUCAAACUAUCAAAUAAUACUCUUGAGUGUCUUUCCUGUGCAAAAAAUAUUCUCCAUCUCCUUCCUUCAUUCCACAAUUUGACACAUCUUGAUGUGCUUUUGGGAGCUUCUGAGGAUUUCACUAGUGAAGUAGUAAUGGACAUUCUCCAAAAGUCUCCUAAACUGGAAACUCUUGACAUUCCUCUGGGAUUUGAUCCAGAUUUCGUCUUGGAUGGUGAAGACUCCAUAUUCAAUUCAGUGCCUUUCUGUUUCAAAUAUUGUCUCAAAUUGUUUAUCAUUUCAAGUUUUGAUGGCGAUGCAACUGAAAUGGAGUGGCUCGAGAUUUUGCUAAAGCAUGCAACAGUUUUGGGGGAGAUGAAGAUUUUCUGUUCUGAAAGUCUAUCUGCCGAUUUGAAGAAGCAAAUGGAGAUCAGGAACCAAUUGCUACACAUAUGCCCAGCAAGUUGUGUCAUUAAUAUCCAAUCUUUUGUUUAG